UAAUAAUCAGUUUUUGUACACCUUUGCACUGCAGCUGCCAAAUCGCAGUUAUUUCAGUUUAAGUCAGUUUGUAACGCAUGUAAAAUGAUUAAAUUCUUAAUUUUUUGUUUAUUCGUUGAUUUGGUGAUGAGUUUAUCUUCUCAGAUUCCCACACAAUUGAUUAAGUGCUACAGUGAAGAGUAUGACCUACAAACCGAUCAUUUUCCGCCGUUUGAACCGCGAACUUUGGUAGAAUUGAUCAGGAAAUUGGAACACAAUAAAACAGAACCUAAUAUUCGAUUGAUAUCCAAUGCUAUUUUACAUGUUUCAAAAUUUGAUGGUAUUCAACACGCAUCCAUCUCAAGAUACACCAGGACGGUUCUACCAUAUCGUGGAGUAGGCCCACAGUUUUUCAGACAUUCCUACCUGGUAGAUCACCUCACAACUGGAGAAAAUGCCAAUUUACAAUUUCCGGAUGUUCUUACCACCAAGGAAUUUUGCCUGUUACAUUUUCUUAUCUCUGAUACUGUUGAUUUACGCCUGCGGGGAGAUGAAAGUAAAACCUGCUCGAUUAAUCUAAACAAAAAAUUAGGUCAUCUCCAAGAUGAAUCAAGACCUUUUGAGCGUGUAACUGAAUAUUCUGAUUGCCCUGAACAAAAAGGUGUGAUUUACACUAAAUGGGGCACUGUUUCUGUUGGUCCCUUGAUUGCUGGUAUAGCAUCAGCUUUUGAAAGAACCAAUAGUUCAACAGAUGUGGAUAAUGUAUGGCUGGCGACACUCGGUGGUAUGUUGGGGCAAGCGAUAAUCAAUCAAGCAACUGAUAAACCUAAUAUCUUCAAUACGGGUGUUUGGAACAACACCAUCAAACCAGGAAAGUUUUAUCUGAAGGGAAAUCACUGGGAUGGAAAUGUAGCACAACUACUUGGAGCUAUUGAUGGAUUGAUUCUCUCCAUGGAGGUGCGCAGGUGGUAUCACGAGUUUCCGGCGACGAGUUUAUCCCAGUUAAUUUCGACGUAUUACUCGCCUCGGGGUGUUCCAUACGACCAUAGUAUUCGAGCCUGCAAUCGAGAAGAACGAUUAGAGAGAAUUUUCAAAGAUUACAACAUUACAAAAGAAGUUAUAAAAGUGACACAACUAUUAAACACUUAUGGAAAUUAUAAUGUGAAGUUAGUUGAUGAAAAUAUUUCUAAUUUGGCCAAGGGUGGAAUAAACCAUUUGAAUUCUAAUAUUGGAUUAUUGGUCUCGGCGUUCAAAGAAUGCGAGAGUAAAGAUUCGAUGGGAGUUCAAAAACGUUUAGAAGUGAUUAUAAUCGCAGAUCAUAGUUAUACACAGUAUCAAAUGGAACUGGUUUUCUCGUAUCUGGUUGAUCAAGCUGAUGUAUCACAUUACUCCAGUCGUAUUGGGCUUAUAAGCGGAACUUCCGGUCGAUGGCUAGUGAAUAUCACCAAUGACGUCUUGGAAAUUUACGAAUCCAUGUCUAAAAUCAACAAUAACGAUUGGCCUAGUGGUUUAUCCUUAACGCCCUGUUUACAUGAAGUAAUAGCAUACUACCAAAACAUUUCCGGUACACCUCGGACCCUUUUCGAGCGUCCCCAUGGAAAAGUCAUAGUUAUCCUGGGUCAAUCUUCUUAUUUAACGGACAACGACCUGGUAACUUCAAAGAAAUCGUUGGAUUCCAUCCGGAACACCUAUCCGGAAGCCCGGAUAAUUUUGGCGACUGAUUCUGAACAUGCCAGGACCUACAGUCAGUUGAUAACACCUGGAGACAGUCAUUUAAUUAUGGUCAAAGACUUUGAACUUAAAGAUACCAUUAUACAAAUCGCUAAACAUUUAAAUGAAAUACCAGCGGCCAUUGCUGACGUACACGGAAAUUCAUCCGAAGUGAAUUUUGAAGAUUACAUUACGCCUAACAUGACCACAACGUAUGAAAUUGAUGGGAAAUACUUAUCUUUGGAGGAUCUUACAGUUAGUGUUAGAAGCCGUUACGAGUUGAAUAUUUGUGUUUACAAUGCAAUCGACAAGAUUGCCAACAAAAAAUGUACAUCAAAACGGAGUGGUGAUGAAGUGACUUUCAACACUGUGGAUUAUUGUGAUGGUAACACUGGUUGCUCACUACGAUUCGACUUUACAACUAAUCACACGGCAACCCAAUGUGCAGAAUUCGCAUGUAGAUAUUCUGACCAAGUGCUAAUCAACAUUCGCACAUCGUGGAGGACGAACGCGUCACCCACGCGCAUGUCAACAUCCUGCUCGCUGCUAGUCGCGAUCGCUUUAAUAUCAAAUUAUUUAAAACAUUGAUGUUCGACAAAGUAAUAAAUGUAAGUACCUAGUAUGUGUAUUGUAUGCAGAUUGUAUGAGGAUAAUUUCAUUAUUGUCGUGUUUGUUUGUGCGCCAACAUUCUUUUGUCGAUUUCGCUCGAAAAUGACGCAAAGUUUUAUGCGCCUCGCAUCCCACACAUAAACGCACACACGGCCAAGACAGGCAGGUAUAUGUGGAUUCCAUGUUGUGCGGCUUUUACGUACAAAUUACGAGCGACGCCAUCGAUUUUCCAUUGGGUAUACACUUCUCCUUCUCGGUAGGUUUAGGAAUAACAGAAUGAGGCAUGAGACAUCAUGCCGUGUCUAGUUUGUAUAAGUGUAUGACUAAUUCGUGUAGGAAUAAGUUUUUAUACUGGCAGAUAACGUAAAAUGUCACCUAAUUUUGUAAUAUGUAGAUUUUAGUUAAAUUUUGUUAAUUGUGGCCAAAAUUUUGCAUAUUUUGUAGGUUAAAAAAAUGGCACCAAAAAUAGUUCAAAAAUGGCGCAAAAUGGCACUUUUUAAGUAGUUAGACAUAUUUUCUUCAAAUUAUAAGUGUUUUUUAUGAAAAUGGAUUUUAUUUUUGUAUGAAAUUCUAAAAAAAAAUAAGUUUAUAUCAAAAAAUAAAAAAAUGUCCCCAAAAA